AUGGCUUUUUCGUUAGCUUCUAAGGAGAGGGACAACCUAGGACCUGUCGGAAGAGGAGAUGUACACGUGGUGCAUCUGGUGGAAUGGCGCAAGGAUGGACGGCUUCUCCUCUCCGCCGACGGUGGAGCCGGACCCUCUGGCCUCACGUUGUCCUCCGAACGCAGUCGACACGGAACAUCCGUCGCCUCAGGCUGGGCUGGGCUGGAAGAGCCACUGGUGGGACCGUUCGGAGGUUCGGAGGCUGGCGGCGCCAGUCUGACCAACAGUCCCGGAGCCCCGGGAGCCGGGCUCACAGGUGCCACGGUGCACGGUGGCUAUCUACUGUCGCCAGACGGACAGACUGUCACUUUCUACUCUGUGACCGAGGCCUACUCGGGCAUAUUCACCUGCUCGGCUAGCAACACCCACGGCAGAGAUACUAAAGAGUUUCGCGUCAAUGUUAAAAGUGAGUACAAUAGACGUUCUGUGGUUCCUGCAUAA